GACAUGGCUACUUUUUCCAAGACUGGGUUCAAGACAUUGAACUACAACUCUUUCCGCCCACACUAUCCAGCAAGCUUCUACCAAAUUUUACAAAACUACGUGGUUAAUGGGGAUAAAUCACGAGUAUUCCCCAUCGACAAAGCGAUCGACUUGGGAUGUGGGUCAGGGGUUGCAAGUUACCCGUUGCUUAAUUUUAGUAAGGAGGUUAUUGGGCUUGAUUUAUCGCCGCUGAUGAUUGAGACGGCAAACUCCUUGAAAGCCGCCAGGUUGGAGGAAAUGGGGAUUGAGAACCAGGAGUCAAUCCAGUUUGUCGCUUCGUCGGUCGAAGACUUUGUGACGAAGAAAGAAGACAAUUCAUUGACCAAAACAGACUUGGACAUUGAAUUGGAGUCGGUUGAUUUGAUUACUGCUGCUCAAUGUAUCCAUUGGUUUGAUGACCACGAAUUGUUUUUCAGAAAAGCAUACAAGCUAUUGAAACCCGGUGGAGUGUUAGCUUAUUGGUACUACAUCGAUCCGGUCAUCACCAAUUUCAGUAACGGUCAGACGAUUGAUGCUGACUCGAAAGCGGAAAUUUUGCGUAAGCUCGAUGACUUGUAUCACAAAUAUGUUUACCAGGAUCCAAAACUUAUGGGUCCGCAUUGGGAACAACCGGGUAGAGACAUUUUGAAGAACGAGUUGGAGUCGGUUAAUGCCAAAAUCCCCCGUGAUUUAUACGUUGACAUACAACAAUCCAAGUUUAGACCUUCCACCGAUCCGGUACCAAAAGAACAAGACCUCAACAUCGUCAAGUCCAACACUGACUUGAAAGCUUUUGAAAACUACAUUGGUACUUACAGCGGAUACCACAAUUACAAACAGGCCACCGGGGACCCCCAUAAUUUGAUCGAGUCCUUGAUGAGAGAAAUGGAAUCAUUAAUUGGCGACAGAUCCACCACCCACAUAGACCUCACCUUCAACACCGGCUACGUUUUCAUGAGAAAAGCUUCCCAAUGAACAAACCCCAACUUGAUGCAAAAAGUUGGAGGGAAAUUGGUGUACAAAAUUGAAAACUGGUUUUUUGGCCCUCAACAAAAAAUUGGCUG